AAACCAUGGGUCCAUCUAGCUCAGUAUCGUCUACACUGACUGGCAGCAGCUCUCCAGGGCCUCUCCCAGCCCUACCUGAAGCUGUGGAUUGAAUCCGGGACCUCCUGCAUGCAAAGCAGAUGCUCUACCACUGAGAUUAUACCUGAAGAGAUAAGUUGUUGGUGCUUACAAUGACUGUGGCAGCAAAAAUUACCGGGGCCAGAAGGCGGAAAGUGGUGCAGCCGCCUGUUAAAAAUGAGUGGCAAUUAUGGAUAAGCUAACUGACAAGGAAUGGAUUCUCAAGAGUUUUAUUUCAAAGGUGGCCUUGAAAAUGGAAAUGGACUGCCUUUAAGUUGAUCCCGACUUCUGGCUACCCUAUGAACAGGGUUUUCACGCCCUGUGGAUUACAAACAAUGUCAUAUCCCAGGCAAAAGGAUCCAGGGCUAGAAAUCUGGAGGAGUGUCAGAAUCGGAACCACAAAAGAGACAACUGCGGCAGUGCUGCAUUCUGUCAUGCGGCCAGAGACACAUCCAUGACUGGGACACUCAUCAACCAGAGGACAGUACUGCACACACACAUGGCCACACAUACCAGCAAUACAGGUCCUUUGAGCAUCUUUUUCCUCCCAGCCUGGCUGAGCAGGGAAGCUCAGUUUAUUCCAUUACUGCAAUUACCAGUAACCAGCCCUCCCUCCCUCCGUCCCCGCAGCUUUCUCCUCUGCCCCAGAGAAGAGGGGUCCUCGCCAGCCACCGUGUCUGUCUGCUGUGCCACAGGGAGGGUGGGGGAGAAAGCCCACUGAGGACCCGCAGCGUCGCGAGGAAGCGCAAUGAAGGAUCGCACCCAGGAGUUGAGAAGUGCCAAAGACAGCGACGAUGAGGAAGAGGUGGUGCACGUGGACCGAGACCAUUUUAUGGAUGAGUUCUUCGAACAGGUGGAAGAGAUCCGUGGCUGCAUUGAAAAGCUCUCAGAAGAUGUGGAGCUAGUGAAGAAGCAGCACAGCGCCAUCUUGGCUGCCCCCAAUCCAGACGAGAAAACCAAGCAGGAACUGGAGGAUCUCACAGCUGACAUCAAGAAGACUGCCAACAAGGUGCGCUCCAAGUUGAAAGCAAUUGAGCAAGGGAUUGAGCAGGAAGAGGUACAGAACCGAUCCUCAGCUGACUUGCGGAUCCGGAAAACACAGCACUCGACCCUCUCCCGCAAGUUUGUGGAGGUGAUGACGGAAUACAACACAACCCAGUCCAAAUAUCGAGACAGAUGCAAGGACCGUAUCCAGAGGCAGCUGGAGAUAACUGGCAGGACAACCACCAACGAGGAGUUAGAAGACAUGCUGGAGAGCGGAAAGUUGGCGAUUUUCACCGAUGACAUCAAAAUGGACUCACAAAUGACAAAGCAGGCCCUGAACGAGAUCGAAACCCGGCACAACGAGAUCAUCAAACUGGAAACCAGUAUCCGGGAGCUUCAUGACAUGUUUGUGGACAUGGCUAUGUUGGUGGAGAGCCAGGGGGAGAUGAUUGACCGCAUUGAAUACAAUGUUGAGCACUCUGUUGAUUACGUGGAAAGAGCCGUCUCUGACACCAAGAAAGCUGUAAAAUACCAGAGCAAGGCUCGGAGGGUCCCAGCCAUGGAUGUCUCCGGCUUCAACACACUUUGAAUAUGGAGAAGUCAAGGAGAAUACCGAGUGACACCCACACUGGGAUGAGCAGCCAGAAGCGGUGAUAAAAGUGGGGAAGACCUUCAGAAAACUGCCCAGUGCUCUUGGUU